AUGCGGAGCUCACAACCAAUGGUGGGUUUCCUUGGAGCAAGAGGGCCGGAAGAUGAGCUCUAUGUCAGAAUGGUGUUAAACACGGCAGCCAGGGAACAAUGUCGUACUAAAGCCUCCCCUAAGCCUACUCCCAAGCUGUGCAUUAUGGACGCCCGCGCUUAUGCAUCCGCUGUAGCCAACGGAUAUGUCGGAGGUGGUCGUGAAAAUCCAGGCAACAUUCAUGUCAUAGCUUCGGCCCAUCAGGCGCUUCUUAAGGCAGUCUCAACACCCUUAGACUCAAUGAACUGGUAUACCCAGAUUGAAUCAACAGGUUGGCUCAACCAUGUCGCUGACCUUCUCAAGGCUGCAUCGGGUCGCGAUGGGAUCGUAGGCAGGAUGCUUGAAGGCGGCAGUUCAGUCCUCGUGCAUUGCACUGAUGGAUGGGAUAGAACUACUCAGUUAGUAUCACUCGCACAGAUUUUACUCGAUCCUUACUAUAGGACUAUCAAUGGUCUUCGUGUCCUGAUCGAGAAAGAAUGGCUUUCUUGUGGACACCCAUUCCAGUCAAGGACGGAUGCUGUACCUAGUACUAAAAAACCAAUUCCGGAAGAUGAGCCAUGGUGGCAACCAACGACAAUAACUACAACAACUCCUGGUAUCAUUCAUUCAAGCCCCAACGGCGCUAAAGAAUCAAUAUCAAGCUCAUGGAUGCAUCCGCCCUCAUCAUCAUCACCACCACCAAUAUCUACACCUUCACAUGCGCUUUGGUCAGACAUGUAUCAUCCUAAGCAGGCCUCUGCACAUGCCCAGAAUCUGACAAUCCCGCUUGCCCCGUCGCCAGUAUUCCUACUCUUCAUGACAUGCUUACAUCAUAUUGUGCAACAGCAUCCUAAUCGGUUCGAGUACAAUGAUUAUUUGCUUGUGAUACUUGCCCGUGCCGCUGGUGGCGCUUCGCCCUUUGGAGAUUUCAUGUAUAAUAAUGAGCGUGAACGUGCACAAGAUCGGUUAAGGCAGCGUACACCAUCCAUUUGGGGAUGGAUCAACGAGAAUCGAGGGUGGUUUACAAACAAUGAUUAUUAUGAUUAUACAAGGCAAUCACAGAGAGAGCGGGCUGAAGGCCAGACUAUUUAUGGCCAUGAGCAGAGUUGGCGGGACCAGGUGCUGAAAAUCCAGACAGGAGGGAGGUUUACUUCUCUCUGGUCAGAGUAUUAUCUUAAUUUGACCCCGACAUGGUUCCCAGACCCACGAACAGUUUUGAUGAAUUCAGCAUUCAACAAGGAAUGCAGAUCAAAGUUGUUAUCACAGCCUUUGUCAAUGUGGUCAAUCUAUCGUGAAAUUGUACUGUUGCGAGACCCAUGGUAUUCUAGCCAGUUUGAUUCUGCCCAGCUCCAGCAGCUGACGUUCCCGGGCCUUUCCUCUAUACCAAGCCAACUCCCUCAACGUUUGCAGUCAUAUCAGCACCACCAACAGCAUCUACAUCAUCAGGGUUUGCAACAUCACCAGAAGCAGAAAGAACAGCAAUCCACGGCAGUGAUUAUGACAACCAUGGAGACAAUACCGCCGGCGCUAGCGCUACUGCGAGGCCAGGAAAUGCACCAAUACUAUCUUUUGGUUCAGCAUUUGAAGAAACGAAGAAAGAAUAUGGUCCGUGAAGCAUUUCUGGGAUGGCGUCGAUGGACGAAACUUAGGCUGGAGCAGAGAGUGGCUAGGGAAUCAGGAUGGGUAGUGGAUGGGGUUUCUACGUAUAGCAGUAGCCAGGAAGAAGGGGCAUUUGAUGAGGACAGUGAAGCCCAUAAUGGUCAAGGAGGAGACGAAGAAGAAAACUACGGCAACAGCGGCAGUGAAAUGGGAGAUCAAAGCUUGAUAAAUAUAUAUAAGGAUGGGUCCGGGAUCACUGGCAGUGACAAACUAAGACAGCAUUAUAGCCAAGCACAGUCCCAACGUCAGCGCCGUAGACGAACAUGGGGACAAGAGCGGGAGCUAUCCCCUCCCAGACUAAAAGUAGUAACAGCAAAGGAGGGGAUUGAAGUUGCGAUAGGGAAAGCUUUGGAAGGAGGGGCUUUCUUCGGAACCACUGGCCCGCUAAUAUAUGAUCCUGAAGCGAGCUCGAACGACGGUGGUGAUGCUGAUAAAGAUGGUGAUAAUGUGUAUACCGAGAAAAGCAGCUGUGCCGGUACAUGUAGAGACAACAAUGAUGACGCGGCCACCAUAGAUGAUGGUUUUGAUGACAUGUUGGAAACAUUUGAUGACCUCGGAAUACCUGUGACGCCAAGUAAGGCCUAUAUUACCACACGAGCAUGA